AUACACGUUUCAACAACAGCUGAGGGAUCUCGUUUGAAUUAAAAACGAGUUUUUUCUUCCCGCAAAAUUAAAAUAUUACGCUCAUAAAUGAAAGAGUUCCUUGUUAACAGUGUUGCGCAUGCGUGAGUAACGUCAAUGUUGAAAAACACGCGUGACGAGUGUAGUGAUAUUUUUCGAUAAAUAUAUUAUAAAAAUGUUGUUAUAAAUUGAAUGUGACCUUGAAAAUACAAAAAUGGGCAAGGAUUCUGGUUUGGACGCUAUUUUGGCGGAGCUAAAACCGUUUGGAAAAUAUAACAUAGUGAAUUAUGCUUUGCUAUUAUUCCCUAUAUAUUUGGCGGGAAUGUAUGGUUCGGUAUUUGUGUUUGAAGCUCCGGAUAUAAAUUACAGGUGUAACAUCCCGCAGUGUGAAGGCCUUAAUGACAGCGACUGGUUAGAAUACGCAAUACCACAAGAAAAGAAUGGACUUUCGAAAUGUGAGAUGUAUCAAGAGGCAACAAACAGCAGUAAUACUUGCAAGAUCGAUGACUUCAACAGAUCUGUUGUCGUGAAGUGCCAUGAAUAUGUUUACAGCGAAGAAUAUUCAGUGGUCAAAGACUUCAACCUUGGCUGUCAAAAUUGGAAAAGAACCCUAAUAGGGACAGUUCACAAUGCCGGCCUAUUUGUAUCACUGCCUCUAACAGGAAUUAUAUCAGACAAGUAUGGUAGAAAACUUGCCUUGUCUAUAGCUUCUCUCAUGAAUGGUUUAUUUGGAUUUAUAAGAUCAUUCUCAACUGGCUAUGUAAUGAUGCUUGUAUUCGAAUUCCUAGAAGCUGGCUUAGGUGCUGGAGCAUACAGCACUGCAUUUGUAAUUGCUAUGGAAUUAGUUGGACCGAAAGGCCGAGUAUUUGGUAAUACUUUAAUAAACGGUGUUUACGUCAUGGGUUUAAUGUCCCUAGCCUCUUUCUCCUGGUGGUUACAAAGCUGGAGAUUUCUCUUAAGACUUAUCUAUAUUCCUGCAAUUUUUGUCGUCUCGUAUUAUUGGAUUCUAAAUGAAAGUAUUCGAUGGCUGCUCAGUAAAGGACGUUAUCAAGAAGCCGCCGCAAUUAUUCAGAAAGCAGCGAAAAUUAAUAAAGUAAAAUUAUCAGAAGAAGUUUUAUCCCCAUUGUAUGAACUGGAGAAGUUAAAUGUACCAGAAAAUAAAGAAAACCGAGCGAAUGACGUUAGUGUAGAAAAGGAACCCUCGAAUUUUAUGAAAGUGAUCAAAUCUAGUAUAAUUAGAAAAAGAGUAGCUAUUUGUUCGUUUUUAUGGAUAACGUGUACUUUUGUGUAUUAUGGACUAUCUAUAAACUCAGUCUCUUUAGCUGGUAACAAGUAUGUGAACUUUAUGCUAGUGGCGUUUGUGGAAAUUCCAGCGAAUAUUGUGUGUUUGUUAGUGCUAGAUCGAUUUGGAAGAAAAAGAGUGCUAAUCAUUACAUACGUUUUGAGUGCGUGUUUGUGUAUAAGCUUAUCAUUUCUGCCCAAAGAUCAAAAAUGGUUAUCUCUCGUAUUGUACCUCUCGGGAAAAUUCUCCAUCACCGUUGCCUACAGUUCUGUGUACAUCUACGUGUCUGAAGUUUUCCCUACCAACGUUAGACAGUCGCUGCUGGCAGUUUGCUCAUCUUUAGGAAGAGUUGGAUCAACUUUAGCUCCACUUACGCCUUUACUCACAUUGUACUACGACAAUUUGCCGGCGAUUUUCUUCGGGAGUCUCGCUCUAGUCGCAAGUGUGCUCGUUUUUUCUCUCCCCGAAACGAUCAACGUUCCUCUCCCAGACACCGUAGAAGAGGCUGAGAGAUUAUCUAAAAAGAAAAACAGGACCGGAUCAAUUUAAUUUAUUAAUUCGAAUAAUAAAGUCUGAAAA